UCUGUUCCCAUAGCGCGUCAUCCCCCUUCUUCCCUGUCAAACAUGGCCGCCAUCAGGAGCGGGGUGACACCGGGCUGCCUGGCCAGAACCUUCCUGAGACAAACUGGGAAACCGAGCCGCGGCAGUCGACCCGCCUCCGACGCGUGGAGCCACCGGCUGCUCCAGAGGUCCCACCUGCACACAGUGAUCGAGUGUCGUAGUGCGACCACCAGGACCCUGCUGGGCUGCAGACAACAGGGGAAGUUCCUCUGGGUGAACGCGGUGACGCUCAGACACAACAGCUCACAGAUCCCACCUGAGGAUGGAUCAGUGGCAGCUCCAGUGGUGGAGGCUCCUUACAGUUCUCCAAUCCUGGAGUCCACCCCUGUCUCUCUGUCCGCUGACUCCACCCCCAUCUUCGGACAGCCAAUCGCUGAACAGAUUCCAAUUGAAUCCCUUUCCAUGGCCGUACCAGUAGCAGAAAGCGCCAUUUCUACUCCCGUCUUGGAUUUGUCCCUUGAUCACGUGUCCACUGACCCCUCCCCUAUUUUACCGCAGCCAAUCCUCGAGUAUGUGGCAGAUGCUGCCCCCACCGCAGUGGAGGUCCUUCACGCUGCGACCGCAGACUCCACCUUAGCAGAGCUGGGACUGGCUGCUCACACACCUGUGGGACUGAUCCAAAACCUUUUAGAGUUCAUGCACUUGGAUUUGGGUUUGCCCUGGUGGGGGGCCAUCGUUGUAGGAACAGUUCUGGCUCGUAUGGCUGUGUUCCCAGUCAUCGUGAAGGGCCAGAGAGAGGCGGCCAAGCUGAACAACGUAAUGCCUGAAAUGUCCAAACUCACUACCAGGAUGCAGGAGGCCAAACAGAGUGGAAACAAAUUUGAAUUUGCCAAAGCCUACACAGACCUGAACAUGUUCCAGAAGAAACAUGAUGUGAAUCCUCUGCGUGGCUUACUGGUUCCCCUGGUGCAGGCACCAAUCUUCGUCUCCUUCUUCAUCGCACUGAGGAAAAUGGCUUAUCUGCCGGUGCCCAGCAUGCAGACGGGAGGUAUGCUCUGGUUCACAGACCUGACGGCAGCAGAUCCUUUUUAUAUUCUACCUGUAGUCGUUACUGGAACCAUGUUCUUCAUCCUGGAGUUAGGGGCAGAGUCCGGUGUUGACAACCCCAAUCUGAGAGCCAUGAAGACUGUGUUCAGGAUCAUGCCUUUCGUCAUCCUCCCUCUCACUAUCAACUUCCCCACAGCGGUGUUCACAUACUGGCUGACCUCUAACUGCUUCUCCCUGGGUCAAGUGGCUCUGCUCAGACACCCACUGAUCAGAGAUAAACUGAGGAUCCCAGAGAAGAUCAAACACCCAGAGUCCGCUCUGCCCACAAAUGAAGGAUUCUUCUCAACCAUGAAGAAGGGCUGGAAGAAUGCUCAGCUGGCUCAGCAGCUGGAAGAGAGGGAGAGGAGGAUCAAAAAUCACCUGGACCUUGCUGCUAAAGGUCCACUGAGGCAGACCUUUACCCACAAUCCUGUGCAGCAGACACCUCCCAUGGCCGCAGCAUCAACGAAAGACAAGCAAGCUAACGACAAAGACAGACCAUGGAAGGACACUAUUGGAUAAAUCAGACUUCCUCGUAGCUUUAAAGUUUUAAAUCUACGACAAACACAUUGUAAAUAUUUAUGGAUGGAUAUUGGGACAGGCUGGGGCAGUGUAUGUAUCAUGCUAAUUAAAAUGUCAAAUCUGCCUUGAAACAACCA